GCCCGCACUCGGAGCGUGAGCCGAAGCGCGACUUUUUGGCGCUCUUUAGGAGCAGCGAGAGGGAGGAGGAGGCCAGAGAGUACCGGGUGGGCGCGGGAGCCAAGGCGGCCCGCGGCCGUAUUCCCGCCCGUCCCGCAGCGGCGCGCCGAGCCAGUGGCUGACUUUAGAAGUUUGUAGAGAAUUUCAGAGAGGAACUUGCUUUCGAGCUGAUGCAGAUUGCAAGUUUGCCCAUCCACCAAGAGUUUGCCAUGUGGAAAAUGGUCGUGUGGUGGCCUGUUUUGAUUCUCUAAAGGGUCGGUGUACUCGUGAGAACUGCAAGUACCUUCACCCUCCUCCACACUUAAAAACGCAGCUGGAAAUUAAUGGGCGAAACAAUCUGAUUCAACAGAAGACUGCCGCAGCCAUGUUCGCCCAGCAGAUGCAGCUUAUGCUCCAGAACGCUCAAAUGUCAUCACUUGGUUCUUUUCCUAUGGCUCCGUCACUUCCAAAUCCUCCCAUGGCUUUCAAUCCUUACAUACCACAUCCUGGGAUGGGCCUGGUUCCAGCGGAACUUGUACCAAAUACACCCGUUCUGAUUCCUGGAAACCCACCUCUCGCAUUGACAGGAGCCAUUGGCCCAAAACCGAUGCGUUCAGAUAAACUGGAGGUUUGCCGAGAGUUUCAGCGUGGAAAUUGUACCCGUGGGGAGAAUGAUUGCCGCUAUGCUCACCCUACUGAUGCUUCCAUGAUUGAAGUGGGUGAUAAUACUGUGACAAUCUGCAUGGAUUACAUCAAAGGUCGAUGCUCCCGGGAGAAAUGCAAGUACUUUCAUCCUCCUGCACACUUGCAAGCCAAACUCAAGGCAGCUCAUCACCAGAUGAACCAUUCCGCUGCCAUGGCCCUGCAGCCUGGUACACUGCAACUGAUACCAAAGAGAUCAGCACUGGAAAAGCCAAACGGUGCCACCCCGGUGUUUAAUCCCGGUGUUUUCCACUGCCAACAGGCUCUGACUAACCUGCCGCUCCCCCAGCCGGCGUAUAUCCCUGCAGGGCCAAUCCUGUGCAUGGCACCCGCUUCAAGUAUUGUGCCCAUGAUGCACGGUGCUACACCUACCGCUGUGUCUGCAGCAACAACACCUGCCACCAGCGUUCCCUUCGCUGCAACAACUACAGGCAAUCAGCUGAAAUACUGAACAGCAGAGUUAUGGAGUAUCAGAAUCUUUCCAUGGAAACCUCCAUAUGGCCUUUCUAUAUAUAUUCUUGUAUUUCUUCUUCUACCAACACUACAAUAAGCGUGGUACAGUCAAUAUAUUAAGCAAAGCAAACCUGCCAGCCAGCAAAUUCAAAUAAAAAAUAAAGCAUUAAAAAUCAAUGGAGAUGUUAAAACAGAACAUGAAUAGAAAACUAAUAACUACCAUCCAUCUUAUUUGAAUUAUCAAGCAGAACAUGACCAUAAAAUUUGGUAACUUGUUACAUUACUCUUUGUCAUUUUCUAAUAACCAUGCUAAGUGAAUUUCCAGAGUGAGCUAUUGGCUUACUGUAUGCAUUCUUGGUGGCUAAAUUAUUCAUCUGUUUUUGAAUUUGUUUACAAGAUAGUCUAUUGGGUUGAUUCAGGAUGUUAACAAAUAUAUUCAGUACCAUUUCUUGUAUUGUACUGUUUUGUGCUAUGUUAGGUUUUUACAUGCUGUAGUGUUUUGCUGUAUAUGUGUGGUGUUUGAUUUCAACUGAAAUGUUAUUAGUGGGGAACAAAAGUAUAUGCUUAAAAACAUGAUAGUUUCAUGCAAAUAUGCUCUCUCUCUCUUUAGAAUAUUUCUGUAGGUUUCUUGGGACUGACAUUUAAAAUGCCUCACUUUUGAGUGUGCACAAAACCUGCUCAUUAACAUGCAUGUGUGUAAUUUGUACCUGCAGAUCUUACAUUGCAUAAUACAAUCAAAUUGCUAGAUUUUUUAAAGAGAGAAAUAAUUACCUGCACAAAGCAGAGAACUUCAUAAAACAUUAACCCCUAAUUCACUUUUCUUAAAUAGCUUGGAAAAUAAGAUUUUACCUUUAAAUGAAUUUCUCGGCAUUUAUACUAAAAGUUAUGUAAAGUGCUCAUUAGAUUUGUGUGUGUGUGGCUUGAGAAUCCUGUCUCCUAGGUUGAGUGUCUAAAGCUGAGCCAUUUGUCAUCUUCAGCUGAGAAACUGAUGCUUGGGAGCUUAAAAUAUGCUAAUUACAAGUUAUAAAUCUAACAGAGAGAUGGGGGCGUGGAGAUAGUUUUUACGUACUGGAGGAAAGCGUGUAAAACCAUGGCUGUGUCACCUUUUACACAAGUGCCAUUUUCCAAAUGCAAAUGGCUCAUGCUCUUUAGACUACUCUUUGAAUAACAAAUAAGACGCAAUCUAGCAAAAGUCAGUCAGGGUGAAAGAGAAUUGGUUACAAAUGAGGAUUUUCCUCCCCAAAUGGACUAUCUUCUGUAUUGAUCACAGAGGGAGCCUGAGUACAGGUUUGGAGAAAUGGCUAGGACAGGAGCAGGGAAGCAUUUACAAUUAUUUCUUGAUUGAUUCAAAAGAACUGGGAAAGAUGGUUGUAGUUGUCUUUAGCUUCAGUUCAACUGAGUUUCAUUUUGCUAAACAGUUCAGCGGAGGAGAAAGCAUCUGUGAUAUAUGGCAAGUGUCCCCCUGACCAAACUUUAACAUUAGAGCCUCUCACAUUAUAA